UAAUGUGUGUGUUCCUCCCAGCUGCUGGAGACUAAGACUACCGACAGAAAGCAGACCCUGCUGCAUUACAUAGCCAACGUGGUGAGAGAGAAAUACCCCGGAGUCGCUCUGUUCUACAAUGAGCUGCACUAUGUAGAGAAAGCUGCCGCAGUGUCCCUGGAGAACGUGGUGUGUGACGUGAAGGAGUGUCAGCGUGGUAUGGAUCUGUCGUGGAGGGAGUACAGCAUGCACGGCCACAACCCACUCCUCAAAGACUUCAUCAGCAAACACGAGACUCGCCUGCAGAAACUACAGGAGGACGCACACAUCGCACAGGAUGCAUUUGACGAUGCGGUGAAGCACUUUGGGGAGAGCUCUAAGACCAUGCCUCCCUCUGUCUUCUUCCCUGUGUUUGUACGAUUCAUCAAAGCCUACAGGCUGGCGGAGGAGGAGAAUGAGCAGAGGAGGAGGCAAGAGCAGGCGCUGAUGGAGAAGCUGGAGCAGGAGGAGCUGCAACAGGAGCAGGAGGCGCCUAAGUCCCCGUCCAACCGUCCAAAGCAGCGGCAGCAGGAGUCCCUGAUCACAGAGCUGAGGAGCGACAGGGCGGUAAAGACAGCAGACAUGUCUACGAGGGCAAAGAUGGAGCUAUAGAGGACAUCAUUACAGUGCUGAAGACCGUCCCUUUCACUGCCAGGACGGCCAAACGCAGCUCUCGCUUCUUCUGUGAUCCCACCCACACUGAAUAACACUGCUAAACUCUCAGAGAGAGAUAGAGAGAUACUGUUGGAGAGAGAUAUACAGGGUAGAGGGGAGGGAGAGGGGUGAGGGAAAGCUAGGUGGGAGAGAUAAAGGGGAAUAACAAUGAGAAAGAGAGAGGAGAGAAGUGUGGGGAAAAAGAGAGGCAGUUAGAGAGAGAGAGGGGAGGGAGGGGGUGAGAGAGAGAGAGAUUGACCCGGUCUCAGAAGUAGUGACUCUACCAGAGAGAAGCUGAACUCUGAACUCUAUAGCAAGACAGACAUCAAGAUUACCUGUGACCUCACCUGUCUGGUCUGACAUCACUGCCCCCACCCCCUCUGUGUUACUUACACAUGUUAUGAAGCUUCUUUGCUGAUUAUUACUGUUUAUAACCCUCCCAUAACCCUGGACUGUAGCCCUGGAAUCAACCUGCAACCCACCAUGCACUUUGACUUUCUGCCCUCUAAACCCGAAGACUGUUGAAGGGGGUCGGGUAGAGGGAGGAACUUGAUACGCGAUGACAGUGACUGGACAUUUAGUAGCAACACAGUCUGGUCAUUUAAUAGCUACAUAGCAUUUCCAGUUUAUCAGUUAAUAGCAGACAUGACAAGCAAAACAGAACAGCAAAAAUAAACAGUUGUUUUUUGUCCAAUUAGUAUUAGUGAUGUACAGUAUGUGUCUCUAAAGCUGUGUGAUGAUGUCAGCAAAUGACAUGAUCGCUGUCAUAGGAUAUUGAGAAGGGAGGGGGAGAAGUUUGAAGAGUUUCUUCUUGUUGAACAUUCCAACCAAUUCUAAUUGAUAACGACAUCACAAAGGGUUCUUAACCCACUCCUAUCCAGCUGUAAGAUGCCAGAACUGAACACUGAGAAUAGUGUUCGAAAAGCUCACUCCUACAAGGUUCCCUCUUCUCCGUCUGCUGCUGUGUGACAGUGAAACGUGUACAGCGCUCGCUACGUUCACUACAUUGACUAUGUUUACUAUUUACUACCUUUAAUACCUUUAACCUCCAACAGGGGUUUUUCAAAGCUCAGGCCCUCCAGUUCCUCAGUCCUGCUGGUUUUCCUUUCUCCCUGGCACUUCAUUGAUCGUUUAAUGUUACUGAUAAUGAUUGGCUGCAGAGUGCACACACACCUGGUUUCCCAGGUAGAAAUCGGUCUCUGAUUAAAAGAGAAGUAUGAAAACCAGUAGACACUGUGGCCCUCGAGGACAGGAGUUGAUACCCCAUACUACCCUAAAAUAAAGGUCCCUGUCUUAUCCUUGCCUGACCAUCCAAAAGUCCCAGUCUGUUUCUGCUUUCUAGCCAACUGACUCCUUUGUUGUGAUCUUGUCAAGGUGAAGGUAAAGGAUGUAGUGUUCUUGAAUGCAGAAAGUCUGGCACCUAGGCUACUACACCACCCAUGAUCUUUCCUGGCUCAUGGGACCAACUUUUACGGAGACUGGAGAGGGAUCGCUCCAUUUCAUAAAAAAAUCAUAAAAAAUAUAACUGCAAAAAACAACAACAGCACAAUACUUUUCUACUGUGUAAAUAUAUUUUCUAGGGAAUCCCGCUUGUUGCUUUUAUCCCUCACUCCCAACCCUGCUGUUUGUCAAUGUUGAUGUUCAUUCUUAAUCUGCACUCGUUGUGUAAAUAAACUGUAUCCAGUCAGA